CUGCCUUGGCGCAGGCCUGCCCGCCCGCCUGCGCGCCGUGCGGGGCGGCCGUGCGCGGAGCGGGGUGCGGAGCAUGGCGCAGGCGGCGGGCGGGAUGCGGCUGCGGCGGCCGCAGCCGCAGCUGGAUCCGGGGCCGAGGCUGCUGCUGCUGCUGCUGCGGCUGCUGCUGCUGAGCGGCCUCCUCCUGCGGGUCGGCGGGGCGGCGGCGCGGGGGGCCGAGCCGUGCCAGGCGCCGCGGCAGUGGGAAGGGCGCACCGUGACCUACGAACACGGCACGGGCCGCAACACACGGGCCGCCGUCUCCUACGACGGUCCCAACCAGCGCCUCCGUAUCCUGGAGGAGAGGAAAGCGCUCAUCCCCUGCAAGAAAUUCUUUGAGUAUAUAUUGCUCUACAAAGAUGCAGUGAUGUUUCAGAUUGAGCAAGUUACAAAGCUUUGCUCGAAGAUUGCUUUGACGGAGCCAUGGGAUCCAUAUGAUAUUCCUGCCAAUUCAACUUAUGAAGAUCAGUAUUACAUCGGGGGACCUGGAGAUGAAAUUAUGGUACAGGAAUGGUCUGACAGAAAACCAGCCAGGAAAUUGGAAUCCUGGGUCGGUGUUUACACAGUUAAAGACUGUUACCCAGUACAGGAAACCUAUACGAAGAACUACAGCGUGACAACUUCCACUCGCUUUUUUGAUCUACAGCUGGGUAUUGCUGACCCCUCGGUGUUCACCCCACCCAGCACCUGCCAGACAGCCCAGCUGAGGAUGAUGAAGGAUGAAUGCUGAUUGUGGACACUGGCUGCCCCGGGCAAACAAAUAUUAGCCAAGAGAAUGGUUAUUAAUAGUCAGCUGCUGACGUCUAACCUGAUUUUUCAAGCUUAUUGUUGCUCUUUUGGGAAUUUUAAGUUUUCACUUGGAAGAGAACAUAAACAUUUAAAUGGGGAAAAUGUGUAACACAAAAGAUCUCUUUCAUCACGUUAAUCUGUUUGGUGAUGCACUUGCAGUAUUAUAUAGUUACCACUAAGAUAAUAUUUAUAGAUACUAUUUAUUUGAACUGUGGCUGAUUUUCCUUUUGUAAAGGUUUCCUUAUUUAUUUUUUCAAGAAGACAGAGCGUAAGCAGGCUGCAAUAAUGGCAACGGCAAGAAGGAAAAGCUAGAUUUUGUCAUUGCUACUUCUGGGGACUUCAGGGAAGGGGAAAUACGUCCUUGGUAAGACCUCAUCUCUCACCAAAAUACACCCCAUUUUAAACAAUGUACAUCGAAAGUAUGGAAAUUCAUUCUCUUAGUUUUGUUUUUCUUUGUGUGGUUUGUUUUGUUUCCUUUCUGCCCUUCAGGAAGAUAGUAGUCCAAUGUUUGAGCUGAUUUUUUUCCUUCUGAAAAGAAACUGGAGUAGCUCUAUUCAUGUAAUACUAGUUGGCAUGCAAAAAAUCCUUUUCUGUUUCUCAAGAAAAUUAUGUGAAAGGAAGGGAAAGAAGGAGAGGGACAUCCCCAAUAAAAGCAAGCCAAAGUUUUCUUUCAUUUACUACACUUUGAAGUGUUCCAGUAGGGUGUGAUGAGACAUUUUUCAAUCAUAUUUUACUUUAGCACCGACUUUUCAAGGCAAUACUAGUUUUAACCUAUGCAAAGAGAUUAAGAGGUACUGCACUCUGAACAGUUUUAAUAUUUUGUAACUAUUUUCAAAGGUGUUUUCCCACUAGAGAGGUAUGAAAACACCUUUGCAAUUCCACGUAGAAGUUAAAAAAAAAAAAGAGCUGUUCUUAGUGCAGAAUUAUUAAAGGCUAAAUCAGCAUUUACACAGUGCCUGGCAAUCUAAAUGGUGUGACAGAGCUGUGUGAGUGGUGUGGGGAGGUGGGAUCAGAAGGAGCGUUAGAGGUUUUAGGUGUUUUCUGUCUGAAGGGACUGCAAGGCACUGCAAUCUAAGCAGAAGUGCUUUCUUUGAUACCCACUCCACUGAUGCCUACCACAUUUGCUGUUCAGCCAGCAUUUCAAACCUUAUCGUCUCCACGUCCUUUUUCUGAUGGGCUGUGUGAAAGUUUCCUUAAGGGAGAUAAAUAACUAACCCAAACAAGCAUGGGAAGUGCACGUGUUUUGCUUGGAAAAGAUCAAACCAAAUCUUCAUGCACCUUCAGGCCCUCAGAAAUGUGGAGUGGUGAUGGGCUUUGUGCUUUUACCAAAUGAAAUGAAUUGGCUUAUUCUGUAAGUCUAGGUAUACAUUUUGUUUAUUAUUUGCAAAUAAGUUUAAAGCCAGAUUCUUGUCCUCUUACAUGUGUUGGGUAGUUGUUUGCUCCAGAAGCUGUCUGGCUGAAAACAGUGCAACACUGGGAAGUUUAGAAGAGAGAUGCUGGGCAGGCUUUUGGAGCUUUAUAUGCUCAUAGCCUUUUGUAUGUAAGCAAGUCGUACAGUGAUUAUUUUGCUUUUACAGUUGUGGUUGGAAGGCUAUUUUACUUUGCCUUGUGCCUGAUGAAAGCAUAUACACAAUACCUGCUAAAAUUUAGGUAGCUCAUUAAAAAAAUUCUCACAGGCAUGACUAUUUCACUGAAACAUGCUAGUGGAAAGAAGGAUUUGGUUUCCUUUCACUUAGAGUGCAUUUAGUCUGCACUCACCUUCUGUAUUUUUUGUGACAACCUGAAUGCUAACUGCAUAUUGUUCUCAUUAGGGCAAUGAUUAACAUGCCUUUCUUAAUAUGUGUCUUAUUAGAAUCUGGAAGAUAUAAUAAAUCUGGCUAGCAAACAUGAAGCUGUGGUACUGUAUCAUUUGGGAUGAUUUUGUUGUGGUGGAGCACGUAGCUGAGUAAUCAGGGUGUUUAUAUUAUGUUUUGCUGACAGUGAUAUUAUUUCUAGCAAUAACAUUAAAUGUUCCUUUAAAUAUGAAUUUGCAAAAGUCUCGUACACAGGAGUGUUUUCAAAAUGCUGCCAUGGCAUACAGGGCAGUUUUAUAUGGCUGAAUAUGUACCUCUAAAACAAUGCUGUUGUCUUCAUAUUUAUGCUCUGCAAAUUCAAUAAAGAGAGUUGUCAAAGAGAUGUUGAAAAACA